GUCUGAGUUCAUUUACACAACGUUCUGUGAUAUCGCAGACAAUAAUAAAGAAGCUGAAGACAUGGCUCCAGAAUCUGCGCCGUUCGACAUCGUGUCGACGUACAAUGACCUUCUCAAGUCCGAUCCUGACAUUACCAUGCCCAUAGCGGCUAUUGAAGCCUUGGUACUUCUCCUCACACAUUCACCAUCCUCCACGAUAUCAGAGACACUCGACCUUCUAGCGAAACACACCACUAUCUUGAAAAAUGCCAUCCCAAAUCCUAUUGCCCUCUCCGCCGGGACAGAUCUGUUCCAACGAUACCUCAUUACGACGUUACAACGACCAGGCCAGUUAGGACCUGCCGGGGACUUUAACGCUAUCCGGGCACAUUUACUAUCAAAUGGACGACUAUUCAUCAAGCGAGCUAAGGAAAGCCGAAAUAAUGUUGCUGCGUUUGGAAAGGGUUUCGUUCGGGAUGGAAGUACUAUUUUGACCAACGGUGGUUCGAGGGUAGUGUCUGCUUUACUGCAAAAGGCGGCAGACGAGAAAAAUGGACCGUCUGCUGUUCGGUUCAGAGUCAUUUAUGUGUUAUGCGGUAGCAACGACGCCGAUAACUCUUCGGGCGAACCAGAAGGGCUCGAAACCGUGCGUUCAUUGAGGGCGCGAGGUGUCCCCGUUGCUACAAUACCCGAGUCUGCUGUCGCUUACUCACUCGGCAAAGUUGACACGGUGAUUGUAGGUGCGGAAGGUGUGGUGGAGAAUGGCGGUAUUGUUUCCCGGAUGGGAACUUAUCAGAUCGGGUUACUAGCAAAGGCCAUGGGAAAACCGUUUUAUGUUGUCGCCGAAAGCCACAAGUUUGUCCGUUUAUACCCCUUGGGACAAUACGAUCUUCCGAUUGAGCAACAUGUAAUCAACUUUAAGACGGAGGAAGAUGUGGCGGCAGAAGAGGCAAGUCGUUUGACAAAUGAGACUAAACGCACCAUUGCAGAGACGCAUGCGUCAUCUGAAGAAAAAGCUGUGCAUAUGGCUGCUCUUUUAAAUGGGGCGCCGGCAGAUAAACCUGAUAUCAAUGCCAUGCGACGCGAUGCGGUAGACUACACACCGCCGCACUUGAUUACGGCGUUGAUUACAGAAGGUGGUGUGCUCACACCAAGUGCAGUUAGUGAGGAACUGAUCAAGAUUUGGUUUUGAGGAUUUCUGUUACGAAUUCAUCUCGAUACGAAUGAGCGAUAGCUCGAAGACAGUCCGGGAAGACUGCCUGUCGAUCAUUGCAUGGAUCAAGCGUUGCUCAGAUGCGUUCCAGUGCUUUAUGUUUAUUUGAUGGCUCAUUGGCAGAAUAUUGGAUCUGUCUGCAAUAACCCACUUGAAAGUCAUUACCAUGACCAUUGGGAAACAUACAGGCGGGAAAACAGGUCUCUCGGCAUACUCAUUCAAGGCGAUCAACUCAUACCGCACUUCAGUUCCGCGAGGUCGCCGCCAUCUUAGGCGCACUGGAUAUUUCUACAGAAAACAUCCAGCAUAUGUACAUAAUAAAGAAUGCCAACAAUCCGGUUCGGGACUUUCCCGUACUAUUGAAC